GUGAAGGGGAUAAUUAGGUUACUGGAAACAAGCACACUGGGUGCUUCUUUCACAUAUUCCAUAAUGUUGUAUAUUUUUAUCCUAAUUACAUCAUGUCAAUUAUUAUUCAUGAUUUGCUCUCUUGUGGAAUGUAUAGGUGACAACAGCUAGAUUCUUGGAUGUUUUGGCCCUCUGCUUCAGUCAGAAUUCAGCAUUUGCUGGUUCUCUGGACAAACUUAUUUCAGCAAGGCCACCCUCAGCGGGAUACCUACUGAGAUGAACUGAGAUGAGAGCUAGCAUCUUUACCAAUGAGAAUAAGGCUGGCACAGAUGCUACUCCCUCAGAAGUCUCAAAGUUCCCUUGUACCCAGAGCAAAAAAGCAUUAUGCCCGCUGGAAAACGUUCACAAGGAAUACGAGCUUCCGCGCAUGCCACCUUGGUUUGUUAAUGUGGGCAGUCAAAAACUAUACCUCGCUCUCGCUGGAAUUCUUAGACUCGUAGGUUUAUUUCUAAUGGCAGAUUGUAGAAGUGAACGGUCUUUGUCAAUUGUCACUGAUGUUCCACUGAGCUACAUACGGAAAUUGGUUUCUGAGGUCAGGUUGAAAGAGAAGUAAAGAAAAAUGGCAAUCUUGGUACCAUAGAACCGGCUCAGGACAGUUACUGCGGCAGGCUUGUACUGCUGUAUGUCUUCUAAAUGAGAUACUUUUUGGUGUAUCAGAUAAAUUAGUUGAUUCUUUUGCAUUGAUGUUUGACGAGUUUGGGUUAAGAUGGGAGGACACAGAGGGAUGUGGGGGAGGAUCUGAUAAUGUUGAGCCUCCCCAUUCAGUGCCUUCUGCAUCCAUUUGGAUGAUUUCUGAGGAGAAGCGUGCAAAGAGUCACUUGAUUGAUCGCAUUUGUAGUAUUUUACACGAAUACCUAUCUCCUGAACUUUGGAGUCUCCCUUUAGAUCAUAAAUCUUCUUUUGAGCAGCCUGACGGUGAAGAAGAUAUAACUUUGCACUUCUUCCAUGAUGCUGCUCUGCUCU